ACCAAUCAAAAACGAUUUUAUAUCGAGGUUUUCGACGAAAUAUUCUGGUCAAAAUCACAGAAAAUGUGAUGUUUAACGUGAUAAUACAGAAACACGAGAUAUUUAUACAUACCAGAAAAUAUGAGCCGUGGACGAAGACAGGUUAUUCAGUUGCAUGAACCUGCACAACGGGUCCUGUAUUCAAAUGAACCAGCAAAUGAACUUGAAGAUGAUGAUGAUGACAGUGGAGGUGAUAUGCCAACACCAGAGCGUCUUGUGACAGAAGAUAUGCUGCCAAAUAGACCACCACCCAACAGUCAUCCAGGUGGUGGGUAUGAGAUCGAUAAUAAAGUUGCAAACUUUCUCGCUGAGAUUGAUGCCUUAGAGCCAGGACCCGAUGGAGAAGCAUCUAGGUCUCCGGCCCCAGCUAGAACCCAGGAGAUCUCACCAGCAAGGGACCAGUAUUCACCACCAAGGGAAAGGUCACCUGUUAGAUCCAAACCAAAUGCUUACAGCAACAUGUUUGUGAAGGGAACACCAGAAUUCGUAAAGAAGCCAGAGGACCAACAUAACAACAAAGGGACAAAGAAGCUAGAGCCUUGGCCAGAAGAGCCUAAGAGUGACUGGCAUCAGUUAACUGAUGAGAAGACCAGCUACCCGUAUUACUGGAACAUGGUAACUAAUGCUGUGGUCUGGGAUAUGCCCCCAGAAUUCUCGCAAUAUCUGUUACGGCAGAAAGAGUAUGAGGAGAAGGUUGAACGAGGGUUGAGGGAGGGAACAUUAGAUCCAGAACAGAGAAGAAAACCCAGUCCAAAUCAGGGAGGAAACUCCGUCAUAGCAAAACAAGAAGAAAAGAAUGAAAGAAAGUCUGAAGGCCACAGAGAUCAGGAGAGACCGUCGAGAUCUCAUGGCCGGCAUGGUCGCCGUCCGUCAAACAGUGAAGACAGUAGUAGUGAUAGCAGUGACAGUGAGGGAAGUCAGCCACGUACUUCACACCGUAGUGACAGACAAAAAUCAAAUCCUGAUAGAGCUCCGGUGGUUUCAUCCUCCUCAGCAGACAGUAGUCGUGCCACAAGCCAUGACAAGAAGAGAUCAGCGACCCCAGAGUUGCCGGACAGUACACGGCCAGAUGAUAAGAAAAUUUCCUCAAGUAAGCAGGAGAGCAAGGAUGACAGUAUGGACUUUGAUAUAGAUGAUAUAGACAAGGAACUGGAGAUGGCUCUCGAGAGAAAGCGGCAAGAACUAAUGAAAUUAGAAGAAAAGAAGAGUGAUGACAAAACUGAGAAAGACAAACCUAAAGAUAGAAAGAAGGAUGAAAACAGGCAUCGUGAUGACGAUAGAAGGGAUGAUAAGCACAGGAAGCAUGGAAAACAUCGUGAUUCAGACAGAGACAGGGAUCGUGACCGGGAUAGGGAUCGCGACAGGAAACACCACCACGAUAAGGAGGAGAAGAAACCAAAACUAACACUGAAAGAGAGGCUAAGAAUUGUAAUGGAGUUUAGGUUUUCAUUAGAUCUUUUAAAGGGUUAUAGAAUUACUAGUAAUUGUAGGACUAUGGAGAAGGAGAGGAGAAAGAAGCGAGCUAUUGAAGAGAUGAUGGCCAGAGAGCUUGAGCAGACAGUGGGAAGAGGAAGUGGUAGUCACAAACGUCAGCGCGAGGAGAAGUCACACAAGCGUUACAGACACGAUGAUGAUCGUGGGGACUAUCGCUCGAGAGAGGACUACGGAGAAUACAGUAGAGCCUAUGAUUCCUGGGGGGAUAGAGAAUCUUCCUCUUAUGAUGAUAGGUAG